AUGGCACGCUCGGCAGUCCCCACUCAGAUGAUCAUUCUCCCUAUUCAGGAGAAAGUUCAGAUCGAUAACCUUUCUACUAAAGAGGGCCAAGAAUGGUCCCAGGUACUGGAUAUUCUUGAGAAAUGGACAGGGUUCCGUCGUCUUUAUUGGGGACGUCAUGUCGAAAAGACAGGAGAAGUACACCUCCAUAUUGUCCGAGACAGUCUUCAUCAGCACUACGCCCUUCUCGCCUCGCAUGAUUGGCAACAGAUUGUUAAAAACUUGGUUAUCCUAGGUGUUGAUAGCGCCACAGCGCUAACGGUGCGCCAUGCCAUGAUUUCAGAAUUCUCACCAAACCCCAAGAGUCUUGGGCACGGGGCCCCAGUGACAGGGACAGCCAUUUAUUUGACGCCCGAUCCCGCAGGAUGGGAGAAAACGUGGGCGCUAUGGACCAGUAUUGUCUCCACGGUACCUGGAUGUAUUGGGGUAACGGGUGGGUGGAUGGUGGAGCCUGUUGAGGGGACGCUAUCAUAUGUCGUUUAUGUGGGAUGGGAUAGCAUCGCGGUCCAUGAUUCGUACCACCAUACGAAGCACUUCCGGCAACGCGCAAUCAUCCUUCGGGAGCACAACACGGGGUUCCGGGAGUAUGGACAUGUCGCCUUUGCGCACUCCCGCUCUCGUCGGGAAGCAAACCUGUAA